CACUCAACUGUCAUACGAAAUAUUCGUGCGAACGAUUGCUCUGUGCGAGGAAAAAGACAAUAGACAAACACAAAAGACUACAGGUCUUUUGCAUAAUUAAAUCAAGAACAUUCUUUAUUUCAUUUUUUUCGUUCGUUGUUAUUAUUGGUGGUGGUGGUAGCCAAUUAUUGGCGGCAAACGAAUUCGAUUUUUGGUCGACUGGAUGAACGAUGAACAACGGCAAAUGCCGAUAGAAAUGUAGGCACAGAACACACAAAAAAAAUCGAAGCAUAUCACGUCAGAAAAAGUGUCUCGUGUAUAUCGUAGUGAACGAAAAAAAAAAAAAAAUAAGAGAAAAUGUCUUCCAAAAAUGAACUAAAAAAAUUACUUUCGGAGGAGAGUCUUGCCCGUCCGCCGGAAGAAGUGUUUGAUAUUUUAUUUAAAUUGGGAGAAGGUUCGUAUGGAUCGGUGUUCAAAGCCAUUCACAAGGAAAGCGGUGUUGUAGUUGCCAUCAAAUUAGUGCCAGUCGAAUCCGAUCUACAUGAAAUCAUCAAGGAAAUUUCGAUCAUGCAACAAUGCGAUUCACCGUAUGUGGUUCGAUACUAUGGUAGCUAUUUCAAGCAAUGUGAUCUGUGGAUUUGUAUGGAAUAUUGUGGUGCUGGCAGUGUUUCGGAUAUUAUGCGAUUGAGAAAAAAGACUUUGUCGGAAGAUGAAAUUGCGACCAUUUUGAGUGACACACUCAAGGGUUUGGAGUAUUUGCAUCGACGGCGUAAAAUUCAUCGUGAUAUAAAGGCCGGGAAUAUUCUUUUGAAUUCAGAGGGACAUGCAAAAUUGGCGGAUUUUGGUGUGGCUGGACAGUUGACUGAUACAAUGGCUAAACGGAAUACGGUGAUUGGAACACCUUUUUGGAUGGCACCUGAAGUUAUCGAAGAAGUUGGUUAUGAUUGUGUGGCCGACAUAUGGUCAUUGGGUAUUACGGCAUUGGAAAUGGCCGAAGGGAAACCACCGUAUGGUGAUAUACAUCCGAUGCGUGCAAUUUUUAUGAUUCCACAAAAGCCACCGCCAUCAUUCAGAGAUCCCGAUCGAUGGACCACCGAGUUCAUUGACUUUGUGUCACUGUGUUUGGUGAAAAAUCCCGAAAAUCGUGCCAAUGCCAGCGAUCUGCUCAAACACGAAUUCAUUAAAAAUGCCAAGCCACGAAGCAUUUUAAACGAUAUGGUUGUUGAAGUGCACAAUAUUCGAGAGGCAAUGAGUCGUAUGGCACAAAAUUCCAACAGUACACCAGGACGCCCAAAUCCAGCGAAUGCCGACGAAACAGAUGAUGAUGAUCAACAAAAUUCGCACACUAUCAAAGAAUUUCCACCCGAUAGCGGUACAUUGGUACCAGAUCGAAACAAUACAGAUGAUGGAACAAUGAUAGCACAUACCGAUUGCGGAACACUAGUUCCAGACAGCGGUACAAUGGUGGAAUUGUCAUCGAAUUUGGGCACAAUGGUCAUCAAUUCCGAUUCAGAGGAUUCAACAAUGAAAAAACACGACACGGAUCCCGACAAGGAAAAGUAUCGACCACAAUUUUUGGAUCAUUUUGAUCGUAAGAAAUCGGAGGCCAUCAAUAAAAUGGUUGCCGAUGUUGCAAUGAUGCCAUCGGCUCCACCGAUUGAGUCGGAAGCUAUGCAGGUGGCUGCUGCUGCUGCUGUCGCUGCUGCACAGGCACAAUCUCAGGCUGGUUACAUCCAACACCAACAAGUCGUACAAGAUGUACACGUUGCUCCGCAGCAAUACAUACCGGGGCCAAGUCACAUUCAAGUGCAUCAACAGCCGCAACUAUACCCGGCACUGCCGAUGCAAAUGGGCCUACCGCAUUUGGUACAUCACGAUGGAAUCGAUAACAAUGCAAUGAUGCAUCAACCGCACAUUUCACCCAAGCACAUUGACAUCGCAUUGAAUUCCGACUUCAUCAAAUUUCUCAGUUUUGAUGAUUUGCAACAGCGAUUGAACAAUAUCGAUGUGGAAAUGGAGCGGGAAAUUGAAGAGCUUAACCGCAAGUAUACGUCAAAACGCCAACCAAUCUUGGAUGCCAUGGAUGCCAAACGAAAACGCCAACAAAAUUUAAACAAUAAUCUUAUCAAGAUUUAAUCGAUUCACGACGAAGUGAAAUAAGACGAAUUUCUUUUCACGGAAAAAGAAUUAAGUCAAAUUUUUUGUUGUUGUCAAGAAUGAAGUUGAAUGGAGGGACAGAGUAAGAGAGAAUGCUCAAUUACUCAACACGCAUAAUGAUGUUUUUUGUUGUAAUAGAUUUAGAAGAUUGUAAUAGAUAAGUUCGAUAAGUUGAAUAAAGAAGGAAAAAGAAAUAUUUUCAAAAGAAA